AUGUACUCUCGCCUCUCCCAACUAGCAAGACACCUCUCUAGACCUCUACCCAACUACGCGCACCGCUCGGCCGCGGCCGUCAACGCCUCGGUUUCCUCAAUAAUGACAUCAUCACUCAAUGGCGAGGCCAGCGCGACAUCACAGAAGAGAAUGAUACAUACGGCGGGCUGUAUAAUUAUAGGCGAUGAGGUGCUCGGUGGAAAGACUGUCGACACCAACUCCGCAUAUUUCGCCAAAUUUUGUUUCUCCCUGGGCAUAAACUUAAAGAGGAUUGAAGUCAUAGCGGACGAUGAAGACGAGAUAGUAGAAGCGGCGAGACGCAUGUCCAAGAACUACGACUUUGUGGUGACUAGUGGUGGAAUUGGGCCGACACACGACGAUAUAACCUACCAGUCAAUAGCAAAAGCAUUCGACCUCCCGCUCCAACUGCACGAAAUCACAGUCGCCAAGAUGAAGAAGUUCUCAAGACCUCACAAGUCGCAACCAACAUUUGACUGGAACGUGCCGUCGCCGGCUCUGACCGCCAAACUACGCAUGGCACAGCUGCCCACGGACCCAAAUAUCCCGGACGAGGAGCAAGUGCUGUACGUGAAGGAAGACUUAUGGGUGCCCAUCUCGGUAGUGAACGGGAAUAUCCACAUCCUGCCGGGUGUACCCAGGCUAUUCGAGGCCCUCAUAGAGGGCAUGAAGCCUCGCAUUUUGCCUCGUCUGAAGGACCCCGAAGGAAGAGGAAUGUAUCGUGUGCUUUUCAGCACGCCGUUGGCCGAAAGUGCGGUGGCGGAAUACCUAACCAGCCUCGCCGCCAAGGUCGAACCGAAGGGCGUCAAGGUGGGAAGUUAUCCUCGAUGGGGCAAGAACAGGAACAUUGUGACGUUGGUGGGAAAUGAUAGAGAGUUUAUGGACUCUUUGGAGGCGGAGGUGGCCCAGGGUGUGCAAGGGGUGCGAGUGCAAAAAGAAGGUGAAGAUGAUACUGAUGAUGAGACCGAUGUCAAGAAGGACAAGGAUGCUUGA